AUGCAGACGGCUAAAAUCGUGCAGAUCAUCCGGUGCUGGUGCCUGAAAGUCUCAAUAGUAGUCUACUCGCUCAUACUGAUACUUCACCCGCUAUUCGUUUGGCAUCUGUGGAGUUACUGGUGGAUGCGUCCAAUUAUCUUGUUCUUCCUGCCAAGCACGCUGAUCCUAGUGUUUUGGGGGGCUUUCUUCUCAUUCGGCACAGUUUUCGCUUUCAUCACCAGGGGGAAUAAAGACGCUCAAGCGUUCUACCUGAAGGUCCAGUUCACCGUGGUAUACUAUUUCUUCAGGUUCAUGCACGGGUGUGAAGUUCAUGGUUAUGAAAAUCUGCCGAAGGGUGGUACCAUGCUCGCCGUGUUCCAUGGUCCCGCCAUCCCUCCCGAUGCCGCUUUCAUGAUGAGCCUUUCCUAUUUGAGGGAUGGACGCUUACUGGGGUGCUGUAUCGAUAAGAGCUUCUUCGAAAAUCCAUUUCUCAAACAAUUCUGGAAGCUCCUGGGCUGCAGCAGUGGCCGACAAGAAUUCUUGGAAGAUCUGAAGAAUGGUCAUCUGAGAGGCGUGGCCCCCGGUGGCGGCCACGAGGCCAUGUUCAGCAAAAACUACAA